UACAACAACAAUUAACAACCAUAGCUAAUUAUGGCUUCCUCAUUACAAAACUAUGUUAUUGUUCUCUUCCUCAUAGCCAUAAUUCAAUUCAAAACCAGUUCCAGCUCUUCUCAUCAUCACCACCAUCACCACCUAAAAUCCCUUCACUUUUCACUUUACCAACACGAAACAAUAAACAAAACAGGUUACUUCAUAGUGAACGGCAUACCUCAAUCUGCUGGAGUCACCGAAACAACAACACCUUUUGGAACACUAUUUGUGUUUCAAGAUCCUUUAACUCUAACCUCAAACCGAUCCUCCAAGCUAGUUGGAAUUGCUGAAGGUACUUCUAUCACCUCGAGUCUCGACGGGCUUCGAAGCAUUUCGAUUGCGAAACUAACUGUUCGUUGGAAAGAUUACAAGGGUUCUGUUUCUAUUGUUGGUGGGACAAACAAUGUUAAGGCUUCGGAUCAUCCUAUUGUUGGAGGAACAGAAGAUUUCAUGUUUGUUCAAGGAUAUGUUACCUCUUCGCCUGUUGAUCUUACUGGUAUUACUGUUGUUUAUAAGAUUGAGUUUCAUAUUUAUUGGCCUCCAUAUGCUACUCAAUCUUCAUAAUUAUAAGUUCCUAUAGUUUGUGAUUUUAUUUUAUGAAUAAAGGUUAACAUAUAAUUCCAAGAAAAAAUAUAUAUGGAGAAUUAUUUUGUAAUUAAAAAUAAAAAUUAUUAGGUCAGUUGUUUGAGUUAUUUGAAUUCUAAAUUGAUAUUUUAUAUAUUUCAGUGACAAAUAGAUUUCUUAAUUUUUCUU